CCUGCGUCGCACAGCAGCCGCACCUGUACGGAGCUCUGCGCCCUGCCCCGGUGCAAACGUCGACCGUGAGUAGGUCAGAGUAUCCACAUCCACUCCUGCCUCUUUCCCCCACCCCUGACAUGCUGCAGUCCUUGGCUUACCUUCACGACUCGGAGCUCGUGGCCCGGUUCCAGAAACGAUGCGGACUCGUCCUCGUCGAAGCCGCGCGUCAUGAUCGCAGCCGAGGGAGGACGCGAGGAACCCCGGUCCACAACGGCGAACCACGCGGUGGACCGCAGGAGGGAAGUCGGGACCACCAGGAUCAGAAUUCAAACUUUAAACACAAGGAGAACGGAUGUGCUGUUAGUGCCUGCAGCAGACCUCAGUACGAGGUGAGGAACUGGCCUUUGCACUUCCUCUUCCUGUUCUCCGCGGGCCUGGGGCACGAAAUGUUCUACAUCACCUGUCUGCCUUGCAUUCACUGGAGCCUGGACCCGUUCCUGUGCCGACGCCUCGUCAACAUGUGGACCCUGGUGAUGUACGUCGGCCAGGUGAUGAAGGACACGCUGAAGCUGCCUCGCCCUCUCUCGCCCCCCGUGGUGAAGCUGGAGCCGCGCAUCGACGCCGAAUACGGGCUGCCCUCCACCCACGCCAUGGCCGCCACCGCCAUCUCCUUCACGGUGUUACUGAGCGCUCCGUCCAGGAUACAGUUCCAGUUCGAGGUGGGUCUGCUGAUCGCUCUGACGCUGUCAUCUCUGGUGUGUCUGAGCCGCCUCUACACUGGCAUGCACUCAGUGUUGGAUGUGAUCUGCGGCGCUCUGAUCUCCGCCGUCAUCCUGUUCCUCACCUACCCGUACUGGGAGACCUUCGACCGCUUCCAGCUCACCAGCUCCAUCUCCCCCAUCGCGGCGCUGACGCUGCCUCUCCUCCUCAGCUACACGUACCCGGAGCUGGACCGCUACACCACCACGCGGGGGGACACCACCACCAUUCUGGGAGCCGGGGCCGGCUGCUCCGUGGGCUACUGGGUGAACCAGCAGCUGGGGCAGACCUUCGAGCCCCAGGGGGCGCUGCCCGUACCCUUACCCGCGCUCACGGCCAACGCGUUGGCACUAGGUGGCGCCCGCUUCCUCGUGGGAGGCGCGGCGUUACUGGGAACUCGGCUGGUAGUGAAAACGGUGAGCCUGCAGGCGCUGUAUUCGUGGUACGAAGUGCCGAGAAGCGACGACGGUGCCAGGAGGAGAAGGGAGAUAGAAGUGCCGUACAAGUUUGUCACGUACACUUCUGUUGGACUUGUCAAUUCUAUAUUAGUCAAUAGAGUGUUUAUUCUACUGGGGCUGCUAUGACCGAUGAUUUGAACUUGCCAUAACAAAAAUGUACCUUAUAUUUAUUUCAAUGUUGUAUUUUUACACGUUAACAGCUGUGACUGACUCACAAAAAUGUAACUGAACCAAUAGCAAAUAAAAUGUUUUACAAUGA